UUUUCGAUACAUAACAUUGGAGCACUUUACUGUUCUGGUUUUGCAGAAGGAUUCAGUAAUUCUGAGCGGCAAGCUGCAGCUCGUGCUUUGCUUCGGCAUGACGCUCAUCUCGAUGGAACACACUAUCAGACCAGGAGACCCAACGGACUUCAUCCCUCGUAUGUUGUGUUCAACUCAUUCGUCAAAACAAAGGAACGUUCCAUCUCUUGCGACGAGUUUGUUGAAGCGUCGUUACAGGAUCUGUUUGACUCAAUUACAAUACAAGACCGCCUCGAUGGCAGUAUCUCGCUUCUCCUUCGCUGCCCGGGUUUCAAGGCAGAGACUGCACUAUCUCCUGAGGACAUUACAGUUGACCUGUAUGUCACUCCACGGGAGGCACGCGAGAGCUCUGAACGGAUUGGGGGUGAUAUCGCAGUCUUG